AUAUUAAUUUUUAUUGUUGGUAGCACUGUCAAGUUGUCUGUACUUACUUACUUUUGUAGUACAAAAGUUGCUGAGAAUUUUGUUAGUAGUUUGUGUCAGAUAUAAAAGUAUUGUAUUCUAAAUUAUUUAUACCGGUAUUUUUUAUGAUCAAGAAUACGUAAGGUAUGAAGAAAUAGAAGUUAUAUAGUAGAAUAUGCAUUAAUUACUUUUUGGUUGGUGUAAAGAUUGUUCGUUCGUGUGUCAUUUAACAAAAAUUAAACAAGAUGAUGGAAGAUAUGCAAGAGGAGACCCAGUUUGUGGUAGACGAUGUGAGCAAAAUUAUCAAGGAAGCAAUUGAAAUGUCUAUUGGUGGAAAUGCUUAUCAGCACAAUAAAGUAAAUCAGUGGACAUCUAAUGUUGUUGAAGCAUGUUUGGGAAAUCUUACAAAACUACAAAAGCCAUAUAAGUAUAUAGUUACUUGUGUCAUUAUGCAGAAGAAUGGAGCUGGGUUACAUACAGCAAGUUCAUGUUUUUGGGAUAAUGCUACUGAUGGUAGUUGUACAGUUCGUUGGGAAAAUAAGACAAUGUACUGCAUUGUCUCUGUAUUUGGUUUAGCAAUUUAAUUGAAUCUAAUACUUAGAAAGCUCUCGUAAACGAAAUAAAUUAAAAAACGUACUAAAAUUUUUUUCGACGUAUUACAUAAUCUGUAGCAAAUAUGGUGCAGGAAAUAUGAAAUUUAUUUCAGAUAUGCUAGUUCUUUCUUUUUGUCAAUAUCAUGUAUCUUUUAUAUUGCACAUAUAAUAUUAUCUUCGCACAUUAAAUAUUGUAUCUAUUAAUUAAAACAUUUUAUUUGUGUAUAUAUAUAUAAAUUAAUUAUAAUUAAGAUUUUAUAUUAAAAUCAUUUAUUUUUGUUAUCAGAUA